UCAACCCGAACUCGUGCAGCAGGCGUAGUAGCCGUGCUAACGCUAGCGAAAGAAUGCCGAGAGUGAGUCCUGUGUUGCGCCAGUGUCGCAAAGCUCUUCAAGAUUCGGACUUGCUCAAGGUCUUGCAGUCGGAGAUCACCCACGAGCUCUCGUCUAAUCGCUUUCUGAAUAAUCAAAGUGGUUCUCUGGGGGAUUUUUUGGUGGAAUGGGACUCAUCACAAUCCCAAGAUGUGGUUUUGCGGAGAAAAUGUGAGUUGGGGGAAGAGGUUGUUGUCUCCGCCGUCCUGGGUCCUUUUACAUAUGGAAGAGAGAGUGUGUUUCCAAGGGGAGUUUUGAUGAAAGUAUGUUUGAAAAAGCCUGGCCUGGGCUCAAUCUUGCAGUUUGAUUGUGGAGUUUCUGACAGAGGUGAUAAUGGAUCUGUGUUUGACAUCCAUAAUGCCUGCUAUAUCCAAUCAUCAGCUCGUGUCGAUCCUUCAGCCUACAGAGGCCCGGUAUUUAGUUCUUUGGACCCUCAACUACAAGAUGCACUCAAGGAGUAUCUAGUAUCCAAGGGAAUUGGAGAAAACCUAACCAACUUCCUCUUGCUCCACCUACAUAAAAAAGAGCAAGGUCAAUAUGUGAACUGGUUACACAAACUCGAAUCCUUGGUCGCAAAAAGCGAGUGACAACCUAUGGCAGGGAUUUGUCUUAAUAGGGGAGUUUGAGGUGCAGGAGUCAGGACAGCCAUAUCAACAGCAUAAUAAAAGAAAUCCCCAAGGCCCUUCUACUGUAAAGGAAGAUCCUUAGCCUCCACUAAAGCUUCUUUGGGUCACUUGAUCCAAGGAAAGUGAAUGCAUCUUUGCAAUGUUGACCAGCCUGAAUUUUCCAGGAUGGAAUACCGUACAAAACCUUGGGCUGGGUUGGUAACUUUUGGGUUGGCUAGGGUCGGGCGGGUUUUGCCCGGCCUUGUGUAAUCUGUACAAAACAAAUGCUUGUAGAAAUGGUGAAAGGAAGAAUAUUUAGAACAUGAGUCGUAAGUUUAUGUCACUAUUUUCU